AUGACUCUUCCCAACCACUCUGCUCGAGUUAGUGACUUUCAAUUAAGACGCAGACAGUACCAUUGCCCACAUACUGAGCCAGAUACCGAGUAUGAAGCCUUGGUUGCAAAAUUAGAGAAAGUCGAUCGUAUCAAUCAACAAUUGACUUAUGCUUGCAAGUCUUUGCGUCGGAAAGUGUCUCGAUGCCUCAGACACAGUGUACUGGUCGGUGGAAUCAUGCAAAUACUUCUGUCUAAGCACAUGGGUCAAAAAUUCCCCAACGAGCCUAUCACAAAGACUAUCGAGGAAGAGUAUGUACAAGGUUACAACUACGCCAUCUCAAGAAUAGUCUCAGAAAGCACUUUCAUCCUCAAAGACUUCAAGAAGGAGGCAAAUAAAAGCUGUGGGAUUCUCCGUGGUUGGAUCAGACAUGUGAAGCUCGUCGUUUUGAAAUGUGACAUGUACACAAGGGUAGCUUCUGGGUGUCCAGCUUGUUCGAGACUCAUGGAAAGGAGUGACUCUCCAAACAUGGGAAGCAUCCGCUCGCAAGCCUUGUCCAAAUCCGAGAGUUUGAAAAUGCACCUCAUCAAGGAGUUGCCGAUCUUCUUGAAUGCUUGUGAGAGGGGUCUUCACAUGGUGUGCUCCAUGAUGGCUUCGAUUCAGAUGGAGAUCUCGCUUCAUUUCGUCAUUGAGCUCGAAGGUUUCUUGGUGUCGUGGGAAAAUGGCGAGGGUGACGUCUUCAGAAAUCUCAUGGAGAAUAUCGAUCGCAAAAAAUAA